AGUCGAUUGCGUUGCCGAGUCGAGUCGUGCGUAAAUGUGCUCUGAUAAUUUAUUGUUUAUUAAUUUAUGAUUACUUCUAAGUGGCGUUAAUAACAAAUAUAUCACUUAUUGGUAAUGUACAAUAAGAAAAUCUUUAAGUGCGAGAAGAGAUAUGGCAUGUGGAAUAUGCAAGGAAAAGUUUACUCGGACUUCGCCGGCGACCCUUUCCUGCUAUGGUGUCUGUAAACGACAAUUUCAUAUGCCCUGCUGUAAUGUACCAGUUGAUGUUACAAAAUAUUUAGGUAAGAUUCCUGGUCUUGGUUGGUAUUGCGUUGAUUGUUAUGCAGUCCUAAAAUCAUGUAAUCCUGAGUAUGUCAAAAACUUAGCUGAGGAAGGAGUAGGAAAGGUUAUGAAAGAGAUUUCAUCAUUGGCGAAAAAACUCACUGAAGAUAUUGCCAAUAACCUAACAGAAUUAGUCUCAAAGAGAUUAGAAGACUUACAAGAAGAUCUGAAGGAGAAAAUAUCAAUGGCUGCUGUUCAAAAAAUUACUGAAAUUAACGUGAAUCCUAGUGUAUGCUCUAAUACUACUGCGACCUCUGUAUCCAGUACCGGAAAUAAUAAUUUGUACUCCACGAAACUUAAAAGUAGCUCUGCAAUUAUAAUCAAGCCGAAAGAUUCUUCUCAAAAUAAUUCUGUCACCAAAGCAGAUAUUUUAAAUGCGAUUGAUCCGGUAGGCUCCAAUAUUCAGAUCUCCAGUGUUAAGAAUAUUAGAGAUGGGGGAUUAGUUAUUGGUUGCUCUUCUGAAUCUGGAGUUUCCACAUUAAAAAAUCUUGCUGGUUCUAAUCUAAUGGAAAAAUAUGAAAUCAAGGAUGUGGUUGGAAUAAAACCAAAAAUAAGAGUUGUAGGAAUGUCGGCUGAAUUAGAUAGUGAAAAAAUUGAACAUUACGUUUUAAAUCAAAAUAAAUCUGUAUUUUGUUCUAAUUCUAUUGAAUGUAAAGUUUUAGAUAUAUCUUGCACUAAGAAGAAUAGAAAAAUUUAUCAAGCAACUUUGCAGGUUGAUGUUGCAUCAUAUAAUAAUAUCAUGACGAAUGGUGAAGGUAAGCUAUUUAUUGGCUUUGAUGUCUGCUCUGUUUAUGAUUGUGUAUCUGUUAAGAGGUGUUAUAAAUGUAAUGGUUUUAAUCAUUUUUCAAAAAAUUGUCCCAGUAGUACUAUAUAUUGUCCAAGGUGUGCAGAAAAACAUGCUGUAAAAGAAUGUAAGGCUUCAGUUGAUGAAUUAAAAUGUAUAAAUUGUGUAAAGGUGAUGGAACGGGAUUCUCUGGUUCAAAUUAAUGUAAAUCAUGCUGCAUGGGACACCCAUUGUAAUUCUUACCAACGUCAUAUAGAUGAGUUAAAAUCCUCACUUUAUGUAGCAUAGCAAUCGCAAAU